ACACUCCGGUCGGUCGUCGCCGAGGAGGCUUUCGAUAGCGAUGAAGUUCGCUAACUACGGACAGUAGACAUUAUCUGUACAACGCGUACAGCACUCUCACAACUUGCAUCAGUAUCAACGCCAAGGUCGGUUGCUCGCUGAUUGAUCUAAUAUCUCCACUGCAAGUAGUGACAAAGACAGAUACGCCAUCUUCACUUUUGGCUAUUAGUCUUAGAUAAAGCAGUUUGGAAUAUACCUGUACAGUCGGUACGAAAGGAGGUAGAUAACAACAAUGAAGUUCUUGUCGACGGCAAUCCUGCUGUUGAGCAGUGCCAUUCUAGCCGAAGGAGCCAGGAACAAGCAUGGAUUCGACUCGGGCUUCUUGAAGGCCAUGAACCAAGGGGCCAAGAAGUCGGCUUUCUUGAAGGAUGUCACUAACCACGAGCGAAAGCAAUUCUGGAAGAACCUUUUGAAGAAGGCAAAGCCGGCAAGUAGCAUCCCCAAUCUUCGAAAAGAACGUAAGUUGGACGAUAGCAACUACUACAACAGUAACAACUACCAGAGUAGUAACCAGCAGAACUACAACUACAACCAGAACCAAAACGCCAACAACGCCAACGACGACGCCAAUAACCAAAACGCCAACAACAACGCCAAUGACAACUACAACAACGCCAACAACUACGACCAGUACGCGAACCAAAACAACGCCAACGCCAACUACAACAACGCCAACGCCAACAACUACAACAACGCCAACAACUACAACAACGCCAACUACCAGAACCAAGGCAACCAGAACCAAGGCCAAGGCAACUACAACGGCCAGUACAACGGAAACUAUAACCAGAACGGUGAAGCGGGAGAAUAUGACGCCAACUACAACUACUACGCCCAGCAGCACAACUACAAUGGUCAGUACAGCUACGGUAACAACGAUGUCCAAUACAACUACAAUGGACAGUACAACGAGCAGUACUACGAUCAAGAAUGGUAUGAUGAAAUGUACAACGGCGAGGAGGUAUACGGUAUCAACUGGUUGGAUCUUGGCUUCGACAUGAAGCAGUACUCUCUCAAGUACACUGGAUGCGCAGCAGUCAAGACCUUUGACUCUCAGAAGGCCCAGAAUGGAUGGAGUGAUGUCCUGUCGACCAAGCGAUUUGCUCUCUUCCGUUUGUGUCCCUCUAACAACUGUAACAAGUACUCUGUCAAUGGAUGUGGUCGCAACUAUGGAGAGUAUGUCCUGCAGAUGGAUUCCUUCCUUGAGGGAGUCGUUGAGUUCAAUCGUCAACGUUACUGGCACUACUGCCACUUCUGCCGAAGGUGCAAUGGUCUGGAGAGCUACGGAGAGCGCAUGUCUGGACUGUCUGAAGAGCAAAUGGAGUUCUACGAGCAGAUGCAAGCUGAAGCCGAAGAGUACUACGAGGAGCAACAGCAGCAGUACGAGGAGGAGAACCAACAGUAUGCCAACGAGAAUGCGGCUUACUACAACUACUACUACCAGUACCAGCAGGACCAGCAGAACAAUAACGCCAACGGAGACGACGCGGCUGCAGCAGAAGACGAAGAUGCAGAUGCCGACGGUGACGAUGGUGAUCGUCGUGGCCGCCGAGGUCGACGGUUGAAGGUCCCCAAGACAAAGCGUCAGUUGUACAACCAGUACAACCAAAACCAACAGUACUGGUAUUACCAACAGAAGAAGAAUCAGAACAAUGGAAACUAUCAAGAUGAGGACGGCAACAUGGACUACGAAUCAUACCAAGAGUACAUGCAGAACAUGAACCAGAACAUGUACAACAGCUUCUACUGGGACGAAGAUGUCUACGGCGGAUGGAGCGAUGAUUGGAACGAGGCAUGGUUGGCUUUCAACUGGCAAGUGCUUCCCUACUGUUCUGAGUCUGAGCUAGAGACCUGCUACAAUGCCGAUGAAACCUGCGAGGGCUACGACGAGGACUUUGAAGAGGAAGCUGACGCAAUGGGAGGCUUCUCUGCUUGCACCCAAAUUGAUGACGGCUACUUCAUUGGUCCCCACUGCAACGGCGAUGGCUUCACCAUCACACUUGGAGUCUAUUCUGAUGAGUACUGUGAUAACUACAUUGGUGAUCAAGUCAGUCUUUACGAUGUGCUUGGCUACGACAUUGAUGAAGAGUUUGACUUCUUCCCCCAGGAGUGUGUCACUUGCGAAGAAGGAGGCGAAGAAAUGGAGUUCUCUGCAUUCAUGCAAGCCAACCAAGACUUCGACAACUAUGAAGAGUGGUUGGAUGAGAAGUGGCAAGAGUACAUUGAGAUGGUCGAGGAGAUGUACGAAGAAAACAUGGGUGACGAACAGAACCAGUACUACCAACAGCAAGCAGCAUACUACAAUGCCCAGAACUACGGACAAAACCAGCAACAAGGAUAUUACUAUGCCAACGGUCGCCAAUCGCAGAAUGGAGGUGGUGCCUACUAUUACGGAGACCAGCAGCAACAGCAGCAGUACGCUCAAUACGGCGGUCAGAACUACCAGAACCAGCAGCAGGCAGAGCAAUAUGGAAACUAUGGCGCUCAAAUGUUGAACCAAGGUAUGAACUUUUACUACAACCGUGGUAUCGCUGGCAACUGGAUCACGAACGAGAUGUACGACAAGGACGAAUGGCAGCAAGAACAAGAAGAGGAGUACGGUGAAUACUACUGGUGGAAGGAGCAGCAACGAACAUUCCAAAUGAGCGGUGUCGCAGAUGUUUGUGGAGCUCUUUACACGUACGCUGCCAAGUGCAACAAGCACCUCACCCAAAGUACCAGCACCAGUGACAACAGCAACAAUGACUACACUGAAGACAACGCUUUCCAGUAUUCGUUUGGUUCCAAGGCGCAAGAAGGGAACGAAGAAACUGUUUGCAACUUCAUUGAUAACUUGCAGACUCAAAAGUUUGACGAAUUCGGUGAAAUUGUGCUCGACGGUACCCAAAAGGAUGGUUACAUGAUUGACUUUGCCGGAACCAACUGGCGUGAUCCCGACCAAGUGAAGGCCCAAGCCGAGAAAGCAGGAGUGACGGCCGCACAAGCGGUCGGUCUAGCCAUCACAAUGGCUGCUUGCCUUGUCAUGUCUGUGUGGGCGUGCUGCUUGCACAGCACUUUGGCUCGCAAGAACAUCCCAUGGAGACCCAAGAGAGGAAAGAACACUGACCCGACGGACAUCAACAGACAAAACUCUGGUAUUGUUAUGGGUCGCUCACGAAGUGGCAUGUCUGGCAAGGCUGCUCCACUGAUCUAGAAGUUUUUGACUUUGUUGGGGACAAUUCAAGCCUGCUUGGACAUGGCAUGCUUUGUGGACAAAGUAACAGUAUCAACCCAAAGAACCUGAGGCGAUGGGUGGCCCCGCCCAAACAACUAACUAUAUGGAUGGGCAAGGUGCAUAUGACGGUCGGCUCUCUCUUCCUUCGCGCCUCGCGGAAACUCAUCGCUACGACUCGUCUCGUCGUCAAGUUCUCUUUUUGUGACUCUAUAUAUUGAUAAUAUCUGUUAUAACGCACAUCAUCUUUCC